GCUUUGCUUCCUACGAAACUCCAAAAACAUCCACAACUUUCUCCUCCUCCUCCUCCUCCUCCUCCUCCAAUGGAGACUCAAAAUUAACAACAACAAAAAAACACAAGACAAUGCUAAAGCUCCUGUCUUCCACUUCUCGCCAAAUCCAAACCCACCUAACAUCCCCAUGUCUCCGAGUCACCACCGAGUCACAACCGAGUUCCUUUGUAAAUUCUCUGAGUUCACUCACGGGUUUGGCUCAGAGGAACCAUAAAAGUCUUAGUUUUUAUCAAAGAGCCUUCUUUUUCUGUGGUUCUUCUUCCGGCGAUGCCGGCGAUGGAGGUGGGUUUGCUGAGGUGGAGGUCAGGAGUGGUGCCAGCGAGACAGAGGCUGAAGUUGGUGCUGCGGAUGCUAGUGAUUCCUCGGCUAUUGUGCCUUCUAAUCCUAGACUAGAGGAUUAUUUACCGGUGUAUAAAUGUUUGAAACUCACUCUGGAGUUGGUGAAGAAAGAAAUAGAAAUCAGCAAGAUCCAGGGAAGAUUUCUACAAGGAACCAUUUUCCCGAGAAACAAACAAGGAAAAAGGCAAUUCAGUGCAUUAUCGUUAGACGAAUCCCUCAGCCCCGCCAUUACAAACAUUAUAUCAAACCAACACUGGUCAAAACUCAAAGCCCAUCUCCAAAACACAGACCCCAACACGCUCCUUCAACAGUUGCUCAAUUCUGGAGCUGAUCCAGAACUCAUUUUAAGGUACUUUACUUGGUCACAGAAAGAGUUUAAGCUUUCACACUCACUAGAACUCACUUUUAGAAUCUUAAACUCACUUGCACUUACCAAGAAGUAUUCAAAGAUUAGAUCUUUUUUAGAUAAGUUUGUUAAGCAUGAGAAGGAUUAUUCAGUUUCUGCUAUAUUUCAUGCUAUUCCUAUGAGUGGUGAUUCCUUUUGUGUUAAUUCAAUAUUAGCUGAUAUGUUGGUAUUAGCAUAUGUGCGAAAUUUGAAGAUUUUAAGGGGUUUUGAGGCAUUUAAGAGAGCUGGUGAUUAUGGUUUUAAGCUGUCUUUGAUUUCUUGUAAUCCAUUGUUGAGUGGUUUGGUUAAGGAGAGUGAAAAUGGGGAUAUGGAGUUUGUGUAUAGGGAAAUGAUUAAGAGGAAGAUUGAGCUUAAUGUAAUUAGUUUUAAUAUUGUGGUUAAUGGGUUGUGUAAAGUUGGGAAAUUGAAUAGGGCUGGUGAUGUUAUUGAGGAUAUGAAAGUGUGGGGAGUUUCUCCGAAUGUGAUUACAUAUAAUACUCUCAUUGAUGGGUAUUGUAAGAUGGGUAGAAUUGGGAAGAUGUAUAAAGCUGAUGCUAUUUUGAAGGAGAUGGUAGCGAAAGGAAUUUGUCCAAAUGAGGUUACUUAUAAUAUUUUGAUUGAUGGGUUUUGCAAGGAUGAGAAUGUGUCAGGUGCUAUGAGGGUGUUUGGAGAAAUGCAAAGGCAGGGUUUGAGACCAAAUGUUGUGACAUAUAAUAUACUGAUUAAUGGGUUGUGCAGUGAUGGAAAGGUUGAUGAGGCUGUUGCUUUACGGGAUCAAAUGGUUAGUUCUGAUUUGGAGCCGAAUGUUGUGACUCAUAAUGUGCUUAUAAAUGGCUUCUGUAAGAAUAAAACAGUGAACGAAGCAAUCAACUUAUUUAAUGAUAUGGAAAAACAAGGAGUAGAUCCUAAUGCCAUGACAUAUACCACGCUGAUUGAUGCUUACUGUAAGGAUGGAGGGAUGGAAGAUGCAUUUGCACUAUAUAAUAUGAUGAUAGAUAGAAGGAUUUUCCCUGAAGUUUCAACAUACAACUGCUUGAUUGCUGGUUUAUGUAGUAAGGGAGAUGUGAAAGCAGCCCGGAAUCUUAUCAAUGAAAUGGUCAGUAAGAAAUUGAGUGCUGAUGUUGUCACAUAUAACAUACUGAUAGAUUCGUUAUGCAAAAAAGGGGAAUCGAGAAAGGCAGUGAAACUCUUGGAUGAGAUGUUUGAAAAAGGAUUAAACCCAAGUCACGUGACAUACAAUACUUUGAUGGAUGGAUAUUGUAGGGAAGGAAAUCUUCGGGCAGCAUUGAUUGUGAGGACACGGAUGGAGAGAAAAGGGAAACAAGCAAAUGUUGUCACAUACAAUGUGCUGAUCAAGGGUUUUUGUUUGAAGGGUAGGCUUGAAGAUGCAAAUGGGCUUCUCAAUGAGAUGUUGGAGAGGGGUUUGGUGCCUAAUCGGACAACUUAUGAGAUUAUUAAAGAGGAAAUGAUGGAGAAAGGGUUUGUUCCAGACAUAGAAGGACAUGUAUAUAAUGUUUCUGAAACCAACGUAAAGAGAAGAUAAAUUGUUCACUGUCGCCAUUACAUAUCAUUUGAUAUGCAAAUGCUGGUGUGGGAGGAUGUUGGUUGAGUCUUCAUCUGGGAACUUGUACAUGAAAGCUUAAGCUCAUCUAGAUGGAAUCUGAUGCAUUUUGGUUGUUGGAAACCUGACCUUCAUACGGUACUUCUCACAAGUCCGUCUGCUCCUGAGUACACUUGGCCAGUUGCUGGAGUUUGUCACCCCUAACCAAUUCAAUGCAUAUAUUUAACAUUCGAGCUAUUUUCUUGUAUGGCAAAACAAGGAGUGGAUCCUAAUGUCACAGCACGCACUACAUUGAUUGCUGCUCAUUGUUAGGAUGGGAAGCAGCAUGCAUUUACCUAACUUUGUUAACAUUAGAGAAAGGAGUUUUGCCUGAUGUUUCGACACCUAGCUGCUUAAUUGCUGAUGCAUGUAGAAGGGAGUGAUCAAACCGACCAGGAAUCUCAAAGGCGAGUUGCUUGGUGAGGGUUCUAGAGCUGAACUUGUUACUAACAACACAUGGAAAUAAUUUCCGUUUUAAACUCUAUAUUCUUUGUAGAGAAACCCAUACAAAAAGGGUAGAAAAUCAGGAAAGAAAAAAAAUUUUAAGGAAAAAAUUAACAAUUUUAAAUGGCAAUAAUUUUGGAGAUUUCAACUUCUCUUUGUGUGUGUGUGUGUAACCUGAAACCAUAAUGAAUAUUAAGGAGCAGAAGAAAUGAAGCACUUUCUCCCUUUCGUUUCACUAUU